AGAAAACCAAAAAAAUAACCCAACUCACUAUUUUCAUUUCAAGAUUCUUUGAGUAUUUCAUUUUUGCAAUUAAAUGAUGAUUUCAACAUGGAGGAAAAGGAGAACAGAAAGAAGGGUAGCAAAGAGAGGAUUAAUGGAGGAUAUAACAAGCAUAGAAUUGGUGAUUCCUAGACAUUUCACAUGUCCAAUUUCCUUAGACUUAAUGAAAGAUCCAGUGACAUUGUCAACAGGGAUCACAUACGAUAGAGAGAAUAUUGAGAAAUGGAUUGAGGCUGGGAAUCAAACUUGUCCCAUCACAAAUCAAACAUUGAGGAAUGGUGAACCAAUUCCAAAUCACAGCAUAAGGAAAAUGAUCCAACAAUGGUGUGUUGAGAACAAGGAUCAUGGGAUUGAAAGGAUUCCAACUCCAAGAAUUCCUGUGACAUCGUCUGAGGUUGUUGAACUACAUGCAAAAAUAAGCAAAGAGAUGCAUGACUCAGAGGUGUGCAAGGAAUUAGUGUCCGAAGUGAAGAAGUUGGUGAAUGAAAGUGAGAGGAACAAACGGUGCUUUGUUACCAAUGGUACUACACAGGUUUUAUCAGCUGCAUUUGUUGCAUUUUCAGAGGAAAUUAAUAUGAAAAAUGCUUCAACAGGGGAAGUGAUCUUGUCAACUUUGAAGACUAUAUUGCCUCUGGAUGGAGAGUCCAAGUCAAAUCUUGGAUCGAUUUCAUCGUUACGUUGCAUGGUGUGGUUCUUGAAUAAUGGGAGUUUAUCAAGCAGAAGAAAUGCAGUUUUUUUGCUAAAAGAUAUCUUGAAAAUGGAGGAACAUGACAAGGUUGAAAUCUUGUUGGGAAUGGGAGGAGCUUUAGAAGGCUUAGUAAAACUUGUGAAAGAGCCAAUUUGUCCUACUACUACAAAAGCUUCUUUAUUAGCAAUCUACCACAUGGUUAAUCCAUCACAUUCGUCGUCUUUCGCCAACAAGAAGGCUCAAUCAAGAUUUGCUGAUGUGGGGUUAGUUGAAUUGCUGGUAGAGAUGCUUGUUGAUUGUGAGAAGAGCAUAUGUGAAAAGGCAUUAGGUGUUUUGGAUGGAAUUUGCAGCUCUAUAGAAGGAAGAAAAAGGGCUUAUAGUUAUGCUCUAACUGUGCCUGUUUUGGUCAAGAAAUUGCUGAGAGUUUCAGAUUUGGCAACUGAGUUUUCAGUUUCAAUUCUAUGGAAGAUUGGUAAGAAUGAGAAGAGGGAAAAUGGAGGUGAUGUUCUUGUUGAAGCUCUAAAACUUGGU